GCGAUAUAGCACAAGGGAAUCCGAAACAACCUAAAAGAAAAACCAGUGGAGAAGACUGCAUUUGAGUCUCAAAGGAGAAAUUAAAGAUUUUCUCAAAUCUGAUCUUAUACAGAGAGGCUGAGUUCCCUCUCUCUCUCUCUCUAGAUUUCUAUAUCAUCCGAAGCAUUGUAGAUCGAGGGUUUUGCUUGGAGCCUUAUUGAGGUGCUAGGGUUUCAAGAAUUUUUUUCGCUACAUGUUUCUGUAGAGAGAAACAAUGGCGACUCUGCUUCACACCCCUGUUAGUGCUGUUCAGGUUGGUUCUUACUUCGUUGGGCAGUACUAUCAACUUCUUAAACAAUCGCCGAAUGUUGCUUAUCAGUUCUAUACGGAUGCUAGUUCAAUACUUCGUGUUGAUGGGAAUACUAGCGAGUUGGCAACAUCAAUGCUGGAAAUUCAUAAGCUUAUAAUGUCACUCAAUUUUACGGAAAUUGAGGUCAAAACAGUACAUUCUCUGAACUCGUGGGAGGGAGGAGUUCUUGUUAAGGUUUCAGGUUGUAUACGAACCAAGGAUUUCAGUGGUGGGAGGAAAUUUGUGCAGACAUUUUUCCUUGCUCCCCAGGAGAAAGGAUUCUUUGUUCUCAAUGAUAUCUUUCUCUUCCUUGAUGAGGAACAGAUUCACCAGCACCCGGAAGCUAUGCUCGUUCAAAACAAUUUUGAUUCUAAACCAAAUAAAUCUAGUCCUAUUCUGGAGCCAGCUUCAGACUAUGUGCUUGGGGAAGAAGUUCAGGCUGCAAAUUUCAUACCAUCAGGUCAUUUGGAAGAAAGUGAUCGAGUUGACAAUUACAGUCCUCCAGAAGAUCAGCAGAAGAAAGUCUCUGAGGCAGAAAACAUAGUGGAUGAAACUGCAGUGGAAGAGAUGACAGCUUCAUUUCAAAGUGCAAUGAACUCGGUCCGAGAUGCUCCUGCCCCAGUUGAGGAACCUGUUUGGGAGCCUCCGAAGAAGACUUAUGCCUCUAUCUUACGGGUUGCAAAAGGGCAAUCUGUGUCAUCAGUGGCUCCUCAGCCAUCUUUAAACAAGGGCAAGACACCUACUGUAGAAAGGAAUUCUGCAGGACGGCCUAAUUAUUCACAGUCCUAUCCUUCAUCAACAAAUGUUCCUGAAAAGUCUGUUGCAGUAACCAGUGAAGUGACAGCUACAGAAGAAGAAGGCGAAGUGAGAUCCGUCUAUGUGAAGAACUUGCCCACUACAAUUGCUGCUUCUGACAUUGAGCAGGAGUUUAAGAACUUUGGUAGAAUCAAGCCUGAAGGUGUGGCUGUCAGACAUCGCAAGGAAUUUGGUAUUUGCUAUGCAUUUGUUGAAUUUGAAGAUGCCUAUGGUGUUCAAAAUGCAAUUCAGGCAUCUCCAAUACAGCUUGGUGGGAGGCAAGUACACAUUGAGGAGCGGAGAAUAAACAGCAACAGCACAUCUCGAGGAAGAGGAAGGGGAAGAGGGAGGAGCAGCUAUCAGACAGAGGCCCUGAGGGGACGUUUUGGUGGUCGGAAUCUUGGGAGGGGAAAUGGCCAAGAUGGUGCUGAGAGGGACUAUGACAACAGACCUCGAGGUAAUGGUUUCCAUCAGCGGGGUCCAAGACUAGACGGAGGGGAAUGGUCACACCAAUUAUAUUAGAGCCAGCAUUUUAAUUUUCCAGUGGAGGGGAAGUUUUCGCUGAUAACAUCUUCCAUCAUAGCUUAGGAAAAAAUAUAUAUUUAUAUUCUUGUGGAGUCUCACUUUGAUUAGGUCAGGUAUCAGGAGCAAGCAUUAUAGUGUGGGCAUAUUUUUUUCCUUCAAUAAUUUUAGUUGAAAUUUAACAGGGAAAGUUUAGACA